AGAACGUGGGCGGCACGCGAGGCCGGAUCAGCUGCGCGGGGAACGGUUUGGCUCCGUCCGGCUCUUUGGUUCUCGCCUCCAUCUUGCGAAACGACUGGCGGGCAUUGCGUGUGCGGGCUGGUUGGCGUGCAUUGUGCUUGAAUUGGGUGGUUACUUGUCGCGCUCGAGCUGAGCGCCUUGUACCCUUCACAUCGACACGACUGGAGACGUACUUAAGGCGACUUGGGAGGGAAUCCACACGACCAGAAAUGGGCGAAUUCCCCCAAGAACCAUUGGUGACGCGCCGAUCAAGGAGAAGUACGGCCGGAAAUCGCUUGCAGGAGCUUUUAGCUGGUGCGCAGGAUAAGGCGGAUACAUUCGAGGAUGACUCGGAUUUCGAGGCGCAAGAUGAGGGUGACGCGUUCGACGAAGACUUCGCGAGCGACAGCGCGAAGACCGCGAGUGAUGAGGAAGCAGACGCCGAGCGUGCAGUGCAGGAAGAGGAGAAGAGGGAGAAGCAGACCACUCGAUCGCAAGUUGAGAAGGUCACUGCAGCAGCCAACGCGCGCCUACGCGCCACCUUCAAUCCCGAGGGGUCCCAUGCAACCACGAGCAAGACCCCAACUCGCAAUAAGCGCAAGGUCUCCUUCGCGGGUUCCCCAGGCAAGCGGAGGAAGAAGGGGAAAGGCAAGAACGAUCUGGAGAUUGCAGGAGAGCGACACAGCUCGCGUGCGCAUACAAUGCAGAGCACGACCGCGACGGCGAUCAAGCUGAAGGACAUUGCGAGGAAGAAGGCCACACAAGGACCGAGGAAGCGCACGGAGGAGCGAUCAUUCACGCAAGCGGAGCUCAUUAGACGCGCGCUUGACAACGAGGAGGGCAAUGUCGCCGAACAUCGAGACUACCUCAAGCGCGAGGAGGAGAAGCGGCGGAAGGCGCGUGUGGCGAAGCAGAAGCUGACCGGCCCGCUCGUGCGCUGGGUGAGCCGCGCAGAAGAGAUCGUGACGCGCAUACCGGAUCCAGAUGCGCCGCAACCGCCCCCACCUCCAUCAUUGCCGGAACCUCAGCAGACACACCACCCGCACGAAGAUCCUCAGGUAUACGAGAACUACCCAUCGACCUCCGCCCCGCCAUCAUCCGCCCUUGACGUCUCGCUUGCAGAGCUGACCACAUCGUCUCACCAUUACCCAUAUGCAGGGUACUACUCCGCGCCAGAACCUCAACCAUCCAUCGUCUCCCCUUCUUCUUACUACAAACCCCACGUCUACGCUCAAGCCUCAAGAUCAUCGUCAUAUCUCCUUUCUUCCUCGCAAAUGUCUCCUUCGAUUUCAACCUAUCCAUCAUCGUCCAACGCCGCACCAUCGCAAGCGCAUCCACCUGUACCACCCACCAUCGAGAAGCGCGAGCGAGUAGCAAAGAGCUAUCUCGUUCACGAGCUCGGACAGGGGAAGGACGCGACGAAGCCGCGAUGGUCAGAGACCAUGAGCGCGGUAUUCGGCGACCAUGUGGAAUGGACGAGCGUAAAGGCGUAUACGUCGACGAGGAGGCCGACUGCUCGCAUUCGCCACAUAUGCCCCAUCACUGGGCGCCUCGCCCCGUACAUCGACCCUCGCACUGGCGUGCCGUUCGCCAAUGUGAAGGCGUACAAAACUCUGACGGCCGUGUUGGAUCACCAGUUUUCGUGGAAUAAGGAGCUGGGGGCUUAUACUGGCUGAAGUCAUCUUGUUUGCCUGGCUCUUCGUAUCACUCUGCAGCUUCUUGCCAGCCUUGCGAUCUAUACACUGCCUGUUGGUGGGGAAGAGAACACUACUGUUUCGAAUACAGUCCGGGCAUGAAGAUAUUGCUUCGAUAUUCAUGAAGGCGAUACCUGUUUCUACGCCCG